AUGGACAACUGCGUGCUGCAGUGCUACAGCGAAAGCAUUCAUGACUUCUGGAGCGACAGCAGCAGAGUGCGGCAGCUGGCGAUUCGGGUGAGUAGACAAACAAGUGUGGGGCGGCGGGGGCUGGAGGGGCCCCCGAAGGCGAAGCAGCUGAUGCUGCAGCAGCAGCAGCAGCAGCAGCAGCAGCAGCAGCUGCUGCAGCUGCCCCACAGCGCCCACCAGCAGCUCGGAAGCCGGCGACACCCCCAGCACGCCGUGCAGCAGCAGCAGCAGCAGCACACACAGCUGCAGCAGCUCCGCGACAUACACGCAGCUGACGAAGACACGGACUACACUGCUGCUGCUGCUGCAGCAGGAGCAGCAGCAGACCCUCAGCAGCUGCUGCUGGUCCCCUACGGAGACACUGAAAACCUCCUGCAGUUCGCCUUCGGCAGCGGGGGCCCCACAGAGGCCCCUGAGGAUUAUGGCGCAGCAGCGCAGCUGCUGCCGCAGGAUGUGCGCAGCAACGCAGCAGCAGCAGCAGCAGCAGCAAAUGCAGCCAAUGCAGCAGCAGCAGCGGGACUGCCGUGGGGCUUCGGAGACACCCUCCUGCUCCAGGGAACGCUCCAGCAGCAACUCCUGCAGCAGCAGCAGCAACAGCUGCAGCAGCAACAGCUGCUUGGCUUCGACAACCUCUUGCUGCAACCAGAGGACUUCUUCCUGCAGCAACAGCAGCAGCAACAGCAGGAACAGCUGCUGCAGCUGCUGCAGCAGGAGGGAGUUAACGCUGAAAACGCAGGGCUCUUCAUUGAGCAACACUUGCAGGAGCAGCAGCAGCAGCAGCAGCAGCAGCAAGAGGAUGAAGAUGCUGAGCAGCACAACUUAAUAUUCCCUUUUCUGGGGCUCUCAGACACUGAGACCCCUCGAGACAGCAACACUGCUGCCAAAGGGCCGCGGCAAGAAGCAGCAGCAGCAGCAGCAGCAGAGCCGUCUGCAGCAGCAGCAGCAAACCCGUACUCGUCAUUUCGCCCUGCAACACACUCCCCGGGCCCCAUAGGCGCAAGCCACGGCCUGCGGCGGCAGCAGCAGCAGCAGGGGGCCCCUGCAGCAAACCCUUGUGCUGCUGAGGGGGGCCCCCCAGAAGCAUUUACAUCUGCAAAGGGGCCCUUUCAGCUUGGAGGGUUUCCCGAGAGCAGCAGCAGCAGCAGCAACAGCAGCAGCAGCGGCAGCAGGAAGCCCCGUUCGUGUGAGCUCAGGGAGCCGCAGAAAGAAGACCAGCAGCAACAGCAGCAGCAGCAGCAACUGCUGCUCCAGCAGCUGCAUGCACCCAGCUCUGCCACUCCCGCGCUGCUGAGGGCGCUGCAGCAGCUACAGAUGCAACCGUGGGCAGCAGCAGCAACAGCAACAGCAGCAACAGCAGCAGCAACAGCCACUCCUGAACAAAUCCUCCACUCUGAAGGCCUCUCUGGAGACACAGGAGACUCUGCUGCUGGACACGGCAAGCGCUAG